UCAUCAACCUCUUUUUACAUCAGUCUGAUGUUGCUACUUCCUUUCAACCUCUUUCCUCAGACGGUACUACCUUCAACAAGCUCUUUUUAGAGGUUAGCUAAUUUUCUCUUCAAGAGAUUACUAACGUGACAGUUUUCCCUCCAAAACUCGACUGGCCUAAGAAUGGACGUUUUCUGCCCAACCCAAACCUUCUGUGCCUCUUCUCCUGAGGCUCUGGAGUUUGGUCAUUCAGGAGAACUAGCCGGAUCUGAGGAAGAUGAACACAUUCGAGCUCCUGGGGGCCUCCACCAGCCUGGCCAUUGUCUUCAAUGGGCCUGCAAAGCCUGCAAGCGCAAAGCCAGCAGCGUAGACCGUCGCAGAGCAGCCACCAUGCGGGAGAGACGCAGGCUGAAGAAGGUCAACCAUGCCUUUGAGGCACUCAGAAGGUGCACCUCAGCUAACCCCAGUCAACGGCUGCCCAAGGUGGAAAUCCUGAGGAACGCCAUCCAGUACAUCGAGAGCCUGCAGGAGCUGCUGAGGGAGCAAGUGGAGGAAUACUACAGCCUGCCCACAGAGAGCAGCUCUGAACCACCCAGUCCAUCAUCCACAUGCUCUGACAGCAUGACCGACUGCAGCAGCCCUGUCUGGUCUCAGAUGAAUAUAAUACCCAGCAGCUCGUACAGCUACAACGUCCAAAGCAUUAGUGGGGUGGAGAGGGCUGUCGGAGCGUCCAGUCUGCAGUGUUUGUCCAGUAUUGUGGACAGACUUUCCUCAGUGGACACUGGGAUUGCUGCUGGAAUGAGGAACAUGGAGGCCCUUUCACCAACACACAGCGAUUCCCAGUCCAGCGCUCCAGACAGUCCAGGCAACAGACCCAUCUACCACAUCCUGUGAGACGGAGAACAAGAGAAAGAGAGAAAGAGAGAAAGAGAGAGACACUCCAGGAACCUAACAAUCACCAUGCGAAUAUAAAAUGUUGACAUUUAUGUACACCAUUCUCAUGGCUGUGGCUGUUGUAUAAUCUACAUAAAAUCUUUUAUGUAGGAGAAUCUCAGUAAAAUAUAUAUAUUUUUUCUGGCUAAGUAAAAGGCAAACUCAUAUGCAAAUGUUUGGG